AUGGCUCCUUCUGUGAAGCAGAGAAAGAUUGCUAUACUGGGCUCCAGAAGUGUCGGCAAAUCGUCCCUCACCGUCCGUUACGUCGAAGGCCACUUCGUUGAAUCUUACUAUCCGACCAUCGAGAACACUUUCAGUCAGGAGAUUCAGUACAAGGGACAGACGUUCUUGACAGAGAUUAUUGACACGCAAGGACAGGAUGAAUACAGCAUGCUCAAUUCCAAGCACUUUAUUGGUAUCCAUGGCUACAUGUUGGUCUAUUCCGUGGCGUCUCAACAGUCUUUCGAAAUGAUUAAGGUCAUUCACGAGAAGAUCCUAAAUCAUUUGGUCGUUAGGCUGACUCUCUUCGAGGGCGCUGACUCAGUGCCAAUCAUGAUCGUCGGCAACAAGAGUGACGUCCAAGAGGGUCAACGUCGAGUUUCGGAGGAACAGGGCAAGAAGGCCGCACGAGAGCUCAAAGGUGGCUUUGUCGAGACAUCUGCUCGUGAAAACAAGCAUGUCACCAAGGCAUUUGAAUUGAUGAUCGCUGAGAUCGAACGAACGGCCGAACCAGAGAAGCCAGCUGGCGGAGGGAAGUGCUCGGUCAUGUAG